AUGUCGUCAACGAACACAGUCGCAUCUGCUAUUCUUCAACUGCAAGUUAUCUCUCAAGAUAUAUCUAUAGCAUUAGGAUUUACUCUACUUAUUAGUGGUACAAUAGGAAACUGGAAACAUAAUGCUAGUUCACUUUAUGUCUUUGUAAAAUCAUUAUUUGAUUUAUUUGUUUUGAUUAUUGGUGUUACUAAUCAAAUUACUCGUCUUGGCUUCAAUAUCGAUUUGACUGCACAAAGUCGUGUAUGGUGCAAAUUAGCUAUUUCUCUCAUUAAUAUUACUUUUCUUAAUUCUCUUACUUGUAUGUGUCUACAAUCUAUUGAUGCAUAUUUCUGUUCUUCGCGAUCUCCUACCUGGCGACAGAAAAGUAAUGUUCGAAUGGCACGAUAUUAUAUAGUUGGAUUUUUAUUCCUGUGGAUUUGUCAUGUAAUGCCGUAUAGUAUCUUGUACGAUCUUUUAACUAAAGGAAGUAUAUCCAUUUGUACUACUAUAAAUCCAAAUUUUGUUCGAUACAAUACAUAUUUUAUUAAUCUUUGUCUUUAUGCUGUUAUUCCUAUCAUAAUAGUUAGUGUUUUUAGUUUUUUGACGUAUCGAAAUUUACAAACAUUAACUACGCAGGAUCGUCAUUCAUUAUCGACACUUACACGACAAAUGAUAAGCUUAGCCUUAUUACAAGUUAUUACUCUUUUAGUAUUUCAAGUUCCAUAUGCAAUUGUACAAAUUUAUACUCUAGUUACAAUGAAUCUUGCCAAGAGUACUUAUCGGCAAGCACAGGAACAAGUAGUUAGCUAUUUUUUUCAUGGUUAUGUCUAUGGGACAUUCACGAUGAAUAAAUAUAUUUCUAUGAUAUUAAUAUUAUUUAUUCUAAAAGCUUUUUUUAUUUCACAAUGUUCAACUCAAACACAUGCUACUUAUGAAGCUUUUGGUGAACAAGAUGAAACAGCAUAUAUUGAUUCUUUUAGUACUCUUAUAAAAGAUUCAUAUUCAGCACCACUACCUCAAGAUUUAGCAGCUACAUGUAAGAAUCAAAAUCAAGUUACAGUAACAACAACUAAAUCAAUAACAAGUUCAAUGUUAUCAUCUGAAUUACAAAUAUUUUGUGGUACUGAUACUAUAUGUAUCAUACCAACUGGUUUUACAGUUACAAUGAAUAGCAAUUUAAAUGUUGCAGCGCUGGUUGUGAGUGGAUCAUUAAUUUGGAAUGAUGCAAGUCAAUCUUCAAAUAACCAAUGGUUGUGUGCUGGUUAUAUUGCUGUUGAUGGAGGUCAAUUCAAUAUGAAUUUAAUCAAUAAACAAGGUUAUAUUUACAUUAAAAAUAAUGGGCUCAAACAUCCAACAAUUUAUACUCGUGCAUUGGCUUCCUGUAAUGCUGGUAAAAUAUAUGUUAGCGGUCGAUAUCUUGCAAGAACAUGGUCUUUACUAGCUAAUAAAGCUACAUAUGGUAUGACUUCAAUUAGUCUAUCACACAAACCUGAAGAUAUGGGUUGGAAAGUGGGUGACAGAAUUGUUAUAGCUCCAACUGUAACAGGUUCAAGUGGAACUGCUGAAGAUUUUACGAUUGGAGGUUUUGAGGAUAAUAAUACUAUUAAAUUACUUAAUAAAGAUGGAACUUCUACUGGUUUUAUAUCAUCAUAUUUUCAAUCAAGAACUGUAUUUACAGGUGCAAAUAUGUCUGCUCUCAUUCAAGCUGAAGUUAUCAAUCUUGCUCGUAAUAUUAUCAUUACUGGAGAUGAUUUUCAACAUGUUAAUUGUGUAAAUGAUGUAGCUGGUGGUAGACCACCUGAUCAUAUUCAAGCCGAUCAUUGUUCAUGUUGGAAUAGUAUUCAACGAACUAAAUGUACUCUUGGAUUACAUACAGCUGCAGUCGGACCCGGAUCUGUUCUAUCUUUACAAUAUACAAGAAUUGAAAAAUGUGGUCAACGUGGUAUUUUAGGAAAAUACUGUGUACAUUUACAUUUAGUUAAAAAAUGUCCUGAUUGUAAAAUUAUUGGUAAUGCUUUUGAAUAUGGUCAUCAACGUGGUACAACAAUUCAUGGAACACAUUUAUCAACUGUAGAGAAUAAUGUUUACAAUGAUAUUCGUGGUGCAACAAUAUAUGUUGAAGAUGGAAAUGAAAUGUAUAAUAGAAUAUUUCAUAAUGUUGCCAUAUGUCCUUGGGCAAAAUCUGGAGAAAAAAGAGGAUGUACUAUACCAGGUACAGACAAUGGUCAAGCUGAUACAACACUGAAUCAAGCUGGUUUAUGGGGUUUGAGUUUUACUAAUUAUGCUAUUGGAAAUCGUUUUGCGAAUAAUUAUAAUGGUAUGUUGUAUCAAGAACAAGGAUUUGGUGGUGGUCGAGGUCAUGUCGAUGGUUUAGAAUGUCCUAGUUUACAACAAAUGGGAAGAUUAGAAGGAAAUACUUUUCAUGGUUGUGGACGAUUUGGUACAUAUGUACUUGCAUCUGUAUUUCCAAAGCGAACUGAUAGAUCAAUUGAUAAAAAUGGUUUACCAACUUUAAGUACAUGUCGAGAAUGGACGGCAACUGGUGAAGAUAAUGGAUUACCAGCAACAUUUAUGAAUAAUAUAGAUUAUGAUAAUGUAUUUGUUGGUCAAUAUGGUGCUGGUGAUUUACAAUAUCGACAUCAUACAAGUAUUAAUAAUAAUAAUUUAAUUUAUUGGAAAGAAACAAAAAAUUUUCAAGAUGGUUGUUCAGCUCAUAUUGCUGAUUCAUUUUAUGAUACAGGUAAUUUAGGUUUGCCUGGUGGUCAUGGAGCGUUUAUUUUGGAAAAUAUGGUUUUUAAUAAUCGAGUUCAUUUUGAAUCAAGUCAUCAUUGUGAUGCUGGAGUAACUGGAGUACUUUGUAUGCCAACUUAUGUGUUUAUCAAUAUGAAAUGGACAGGUGUUGUACCUGAUGAUGCAUCACUUCUUCAAUGGGGACCAAACAAUGGAGCUAUGUUUACACUUGGACCUGAUGAUGAACAAAAUUUGAAUGGAAAUAAAUUAUUUCCAGCUGGAUUUAACUCAAUAGUUCAUCCAUAUUGGUCUUAUCUUUUAGCGUUGGAUAAUGGUGCAUCCUGUUUUAGUUCGAAUGCUGUUGCUACUCUUUUAGGUCAAGAUCCGCCUAGAUUUGCACAAAAAUAUAAUGGUGGAGCUAUUUUUUGCAAGAGACCUGUUCGUCGACUUGAGAUAUUCUCAUUUAAUCAAAAUGCUGGAAAUCGUCAAAACAUGCAACUGGAACUUUGGCAAUUCGGCAAUCGUAUAAGUUCAGUAACUUUGAAUUUCUUUCAAAUUGGAGACACAAGAAAACAAGGUUAUAGUGCUACUGUUAUUCCUGGUUUGGAUCAUCAAUACAGAUUGUCAAUGGUUGGUGGAGGCAAUGUGUCUCCUGAUUGGAUUAUUGAAUUUUCUGAUCCAGUUUUUGGAAAUCGUUGGAAGAGAGAUGAAAUUGAUCUUGUUGUUGCCGGUAGAAAUUGUCCAUAUCCAGUUCAUUCACAACACGAUCGAAGAUAUAUUUGGUCUGGAGAUAAUUAUCUUACAGUAAAAGGAAGAGGCGCUUGCACAGCUUUUCCAGACAUGUCACCUAUUAACUGUAAAUCUCAACCAAAAUUAACUAAUGUUGAACAUUGUCCUGAGCAAUGUCUAAAUGGUUGUAGAAAUGGAUAUUGUGAUUGUGCAACAGGAGAAUGUUUGUGCAAUGCUGGAUUCUCUGGUGUAAAUUGUAGUAUUGAUACUUGUGGUGCUGCUAGAUGCGUCAAUGGUAUUUGUGCUGCUCAAUAUCUUGGAGGAGAUUUACCCGUUACAAAUAAACCAUGUGUUUGUAUGGACGGUUGGUAUGGUGAUAGAUGUGAUACAAGAACACCACCACCUCCAGUUCCAGAUCCAGCACCCACAUGCUUUAAUGGAUGGUAUUAUUAUAUAGAUAGUGAUAUUGGCGGUGGGCAAGUUAGUUCUACUCUAACAUCAGAUGCAGUAGGUUGCGGUAUUGUUUGCAAUGCAAAUGCAGCCUGUACUUCGUGGGUUUAUUGGGCUUACAAUUGCUAUUUAAAAACAGGAACACAAUUAAUGCCAAAACCUGGAGUUAUAGCAGGAAUUAAAUGUUCAGCUGGAACAAAUUCUAGUACAAUCGCACCUACUACAGCAGCACCCAUAACAACCAGCUGUGAUGGUAAAUGCCAUGGUCAAUACCCGUAUGGUUGUUAUUCUGGCUUUCAACAUGGUUAUUGCAAUGAAGGAGGUGGAUGUGCUUAUUCCGCUAUCAAUGAUCCAAAUUGGUGUUGCUUCAAAGGUUGUGAUGAACAACCAUCGGGUACAAAUCCACCAGUUUCAACAAAUGCACCUACAACAGUUACCCAACCACCUGUCACAGCCAGCUGCGAUGGUAAAUGCAAAGGUCAAUACCCGUAUGGUUGUAAUGCUAGCUUUCAAACUGGUUCUUGUAAUGCAGGAGGUGGAUGUUAUUAUAGUGCUACUAAUGAUCCUAACUGGUGCUGUUUCAAAGGUUGUUGA